UAUACCUACUCACAAUAGAAUCAUAGCAACGACUGAACCUCUUGGGGAGCAUAGGAUUCAGUCUUCGACAGACAGCAGACCGAGCAGGUUGUUCGAGCGGUCUCUCCUCGCAUCUAGGAAUCGUUGGAACUUUGCUUCCAAGUUCAUUUAGAAGGCAUUCGAGCUUGUACGUUCGUUCGAGGAGAGAAGAAGGAUAAAGAUUCGAACUUUCGUUCGAUCAGCGACGCAUAGUAUUACGCUGAAUCUACGAUUCAGUGGCAAGAAGAAUCUGGACAAGAAGAAAUCCAUCGAAGCGGAUCAUGCAACGACUUCUUUGCUGACCCGUUCCUGGUUGUGUGUUCUCGUGUUUGCUUCGCGCAGUGAUCACGCGUGCAGUACGAGUGUAAAAUUGUGUCAAGUUGCGUGAAAAAGUGUGAAAAGUUAUGUCGGGAACUUGUGAUCCAUCGACGAACGUCAUGAAGAACCCGGUGCACGAAAGUGGAUUUUUCGAGGACGGAAGCGACAUAGAGAUGAUCGUCGAGGAGGAGACGAUUGAUGUCGGAGAGGAGGUUGUCAUCGAGCAAUGCACGGAGACCUGUUACGGGUUGACCGAAGUCAUUGACGAGCUCGACGACAGUGACUUGGAUGAGCCGGUUCCUGACGAUCACGAGGACAAAUCGAACAAAGUAAACCUGGCAGACAGCGGAGACCAGAGGGUAGACAUGACGCAUUUUGAUCUGCUGAAGGUCCUUGGAACCGGAGCUUAUGGAAAAGUGUUCCUGGUGCGUAAGAGAACGGGCGCCGAUGCCGGUCGACUCUACGCCAUGAAAGUCCUGCAGAAAGCGUCGAUCGUGCAAAAGAAGAAGACGACCGAGCAUACGAAGACGGAGCGACAAGUUCUGGAGGCCGUUCGUGACAGUCCUUUUCUGGUUACGCUGCAUUACGCCUUUCAGACGGACGCAAAGCUCCAUCUUAUUUUGGAUUACGUGAGCGGUGGAGAGUUGUUUACACAUCUCUAUCAGCGAGAACAUUUCACCGAGGACGAAGUGCGAAUCUAUAUUGGUGAAGUUAUUUUGGCGUUGGAACAUCUACAUAAGCUGGGUAUAAUCUAUAGGGACAUUAAGCUAGAAAACAUUCUGUUGGACAGAGAAGGUCAUAUCGUGUUAACAGAUUUUGGGCUGAGCAAAGAGUUCCUGCCGCACGAAAGAGACAACAACGCCCGAGCUUACUCUUUUUGCGGGACUAUCGAGUACAUGGCACCGGAAGUGGUACGAGGGGGAUCAGCGGGACACGAUAUUGCGGUGGACUGGUGGAGCGUAGGCGUACUAACGUACGAGCUGCUAACCGGCGCGUCGCCUUUUACGGUCGAUGGCGAAAAGAACACGCAGCAAGACAUUUCGCGUCGGAUAUUAAAGACAGAACCACCGAUACCGAGCCACAUGGGUCCAACGGUUCGAGACUUUAUCCUACGUCUUCUCGUGAAAGAUCCGCGACAACGGCUCGGCGGAGGUCCAGGAGACGCCAAAGAGUUGAAAGAACAUACUUUCUUCACGGAAGCCCCACCACCGUUUAGCUGGAAAGCUCUAGAAAGACGCGAAAUCACUCCGCCUUUCGUUCCUACAAUUACUCACGAGCUGGACACCAGCAAUUUUUCGGAUGAAUUCACCAAAAUGAUCGCAACCGACAGUCCGGCCGUGGUUCCGCCCAAUUAUGACAAAAUUUUUAGAGGUUACUCGUACGUGGCGCCAUCCAUACCGGUUGGAGACAAUAUAGUUGUUAGUAAAGACAUAAUCGAAGAAGCCACGACGGCUAGUACAGAGUCUGAAAUACCUUCAGCGUCGGACGCGGUGUCAGUGAGUUUCGAGGAGUCCCCGUUCUUACAGGCCUACGAAUUAGACCCUCUAGAGGUCUUAGGAGAUGGUAGUUACUCGAUCUGUCAUAAGUGCAGACAUAAGAAAACGUUGGAGGAGUACGCUGUGAAGAUUGUCAAUCGCAGAGUCGACUGUGGAGGAGAGGUCAAUUUGCUGAGAACCUGUCAGGGACAUCCAAAUAUAGUUAAACUGGUCGAAGUUCACGAGGACCAAAUGCAUAUGUACUUGGUAAUGGAAUUGUUGUCUGGAGGAGAACUAUUGAGGAGAUCGAGGCCAGUUAGCGAGCAACAGGCUAGUAAAAUAAUGCGGCAACUUGCCUCCGCGGUCCUUUUUAUGCACUCGAAAGGCGUGGUCCAUCGAGAUCUCAAACCAGAGAAUAUAGUAUUUGCAGACGAGAGCGAAGACUCGCCAGUGAAGAUAGUAGAUUUCGGUUUCGCCAGGAUAAAAUGCGACUGUGAGCCUCUAUAUACUCCCUGUUUCACUCUUCCGUAUGCAGCUCCAGAAGUGAUAGCUGAACAAGGUUAUGACCAGAGCUGUGAUCUUUGGAGUCUGGGUGCUAUACUGUAUUCCCUACUGUCCGGAGACCCGCCAUUUGGGACCGAUUCCCCAGACUUGGCCACCCGAAUCAGGGCAGGCGAGAUCGAUUUCGAUAGCGAAUCCUGGAGUCACGUGUCUGACCUCGCCAAACAGGUCGUCAAAGGCUUGUUGACCGUGGACCCCAGCAAACGCCUCACAGCUAGUGGCCUGGUAAAUCAUCCUUGGUUAAACGAAUCUAGUUCGUUCCAAGUAUCCACUUCGGUCGAUAAAACCACUACGGACAAUUCGAAUACACUAUCAGAGAAGCCGGAAGGAUUCCGAUUGCGGGAAGUAGAUGGUGCCAGACUUGCCCAGCGCCGGAAAUUGCACAAGCGUUCUACUUCUAGUUCUGUAUCGUCGUCUGCCUCUUCGUCCAGUCAGUCUGUACAGCCCGUUCAACUACCCAGCACCGCAACUAACCUAACAACUUCCGUCUCACCAGCGCAACCAAGCGCCUUCGAUUUUGGCAAAGACAAAGUAAAUGAAUAUCUCAGCUCUUUGUCUUCUUCCUCCGAUUCGAAUUCGCCAAGGAUCGUGCAACAGGAGUCAUCUAAAAAACGUAAACAAGACGACGAUGGGGUGACCAGGUCGAAAAAGCUUACGAGAUACGCGCGAUAUUUAUAUGAGUAUUACAACAGUACUGGCCCCGUGACUAGGUCCAAGAAAAGGAAACUAGAGGAGAAGACCGUAAACGAGGACGACUUAUCUACGACAGAAUCUUGCGAGACAAAUCAGGUGGACUUUAGAGAGAUCCGUCGGAAACAGCAGACAGGAAAACGACCCAAGGGGUUUACCACUGUCAUCGGGGAAUAGAAGUUCACGCCACCUUUUCUCCGUAUCUCUCCUAUGUACAUUGUAUGCAUUUUACGUAAUGUGAUGUCGUUUUCUGCCUUCGAAGCUCGAAUCGACUCGGGCAACACACAUUGCGUCAUUCCUAUUUCCGGGACUUUAGCCGUGAACUAUUUGAAUCCUAUACGAGUUCGUUAUUUUGCGACAUUUUGAUUUUUAUCAUUUUAACAUAAGGUAUGUUAAAAAAGAAUUUAGUUUUAUUCUUUGAUUCUUUAGCAUUUUAGGUAAUGUCAAUUGACAUAUUAAGAUUAUGUAGAAUGUAUGAGAUAUAACGAUAGAAUUAAAUCGUAUAACCCAAUAAGGACCAAUGAAAUAAUGCAAUGCAAUUAUAUAAAUGCAAUAUUAUCGAAAAACGUAUGAAAGUGAUUCAUACACUGUUUUCUUAAAAUACAAAGUAUGUAUCAAAAUAGUAUUUUGUAAAAGUUCACUACAUAAAUCAAAGAUGAAAAAUUUCCAGGAUUGAAAAAGAAUAGUUUAUCGUAUCGUCAUAAAUAGUUAAAUUUCUUUAAGAUUCUUAAGAAAGAAGAAAUAACGACGAAAAGAAUAUUCUUAGAAUUUCCUUUCUGUAACAUAAUAUAGAAUUCAAUAAUAGGUUAACAUGAUAAUGUUAAUUAAGCGUUGUUGUAAGCAAGUAACAUUUCAGUAUAAGUAAGGUUUGAAGUAAACCUUACAUAUAUUUAAGAUACUUUGAUGAACUCGUACAGGAUUCUAAAUCGAGUGUCCCAAGACGACACUGUUCCUUAUCGCGAUUUUUAAAUUAUUGUAGAUACGUUUAAUUUUAUGCCAUGCUUAGGGUUACGUAUCAUCGAACGACACUACGAGAGAUAGUAUUUUAAGUAGGAAAUAACGAGAAUACGUGUUCCUGAUCUUUUGAAGCCACUCUGAAUGUGGAUGGAACUUAACCUAAAAAAUAGUAUUCGUCGUUCUUAGAUUACAAUAUUAUUAUUUAUCCUAUUAGAGGAGCUUCAAAACCAAACGAAUAGAUAAUUUCUAUUCUUGUCAACUAUUUUGUAAUAGAUUAUACGCAUUAUCAUCCUUUUUGUAUUAGAUUUUUCAACCGUUAUCAAUUUUCUAUGGGCAAAUAUCUGAUCAACUUAUCGAUACUGUGUAUAUGUAUACAGAGUGUCCUAUGGAAGCAAGACGCAACGUUCGAACGAUAGAAGAUAGAAUAAAAUUUCAUUUAGAAAAAUUGAAUGAUUUCGGGGCAUCGUCCGCGGUGCAUGUGUCUUCUUGCAGUGGGACGCUCUGUAUAAUAAGGUGUCGGAAUUAAUUCAUAAACGUUCUCGUCGCGGGGAAAUGUCGAUUUGUACAGAAAACACCGAGUAAAAGAAAAACAAGAUUCUCCGCUCAAAACGCGACGAAAAAUGGAACGGUCCCUCGAGAUCGAUUCCCAGUAGAUUUAUUUCCUUUCUUCGCGUUGUCUGUGAUCAACCAUGUAUAAAAAUGGAAACAAAAGAACAAGAAAGUCGUCAAAGUGUUUGUCGACUUUUCUUAAUCUUCGCUCUAUCCCUGAUCCUUCUUAGAGGAAAUUAAAAGGUAAAAGAAGGGAGUAAGAAGAGGAAAACGGAGAAAGGCGUAAAGAGAAAGAGCAAAAACGACUUUGCGUAAAGACUUUAUGUAAAAAGAAAAAAAAAAUUCGAUUCGUGAAAAUUACGCAUAGAAAAUGUGCCUCAAACAGACGAUUUAUAAGGCGUGUAUGAAUAUGGUGUACACGCGUUUCAAUUUUUUUUUUUUUUUUUUUGGGAAGAAACAGAAGGAUCUUCGUUUGUUUCAGAUGAAAAAGGAGGUUAGGAGAGGUUAGGAAUGAUAGAGGCGCGUGUAUUCUCUAUUUAUUGUAUCGACGCAAAAGUAAACGUAUUGUGUUGUACGCGUCGAUUAUUAUUAUUAAUUAUAUACAUAAUAUAUAUAUAUAUGAAAAAAAGUAUACACACAGACUCAAAUCUAAACGGUUCUGUUUACACUAGCAUAUAUUAUAUCGGAUACAUGCUAUUCUUGUACAUUAAUUUUUAGCCUUGAAUCUUUAUAAGAAAAAUAUUAUAUACAAGAAGAAAAAAAAAAUAUAUAUAUACUUAUACACACGUGGUACACACACAAAAUCAUAUACCCGUGUACAUUCUACAUAGAAUGUUAAAAGAUAGGGUUGAUCGAAGUCAUUGGGUAUCGUAAUGAUUAAUGGUACAAUGCAUCGAUUACAUUGCGAUUUUUUCGUUUUGUACGAAUGUGUUUUACGUAUUAUUACUUUCAUUGAUUAAUUUUUCCUUUUCUUUUCGAAUGAUAAAAUGAUCGUGUGUAUUGUGAAAGAUAUAUUAACGAAUAGAUCAUCGAAUUAUUUGUAAUGAAAUAGACGAGUUGGAGGGAAUUGCACUUUGUUAGAAAACGUUGAAAUUGAAGGUAGUUGAGAUUUAUUUUCGUAGUCUACGAUACUGUUUCGUGUGAUUCAACUUCUUGCUGCUUUAGAAAUUCAUUGUAUAAAAAAUUUAUUUAGAUUGUCUGAAUGACACGUAUUUUUUUUUUUUACACAUAAUUUACAGAAAUAAAUGUUUUGUUCUUUUAGUUGAUUCGUCGUAGCAAGAGGUGAGAAUAAGUAUCAUCGAGGCACGAAAGAAAUUUCGUUCUUUCAUGCGUGACGAUAGUGUGUUAGUUUUCACGGGUUUUUAUUACAAAUUACAAUUGGUUAUGCGGUGACUCAUGGAUAUGUUCGAGUCCAGAGCUUUUUAAAUUUAAUUCAAUAAGAGUAAAACUCCAGACAGACGAUUCUACGUUAAAAAAUGAAAUGUGUGAUACAGUUAUUACUUAUGAUUUUUCCCCCUUUUUUGAGAAAUUUCAAUUUGAAAGUUCGUGGGAACCCCAUUUAGAUCAGCUUAGAUCUUUUUAAAAAUAAUAUGUAUAUUUGUGUUUUGAUGAUGUUUUCAAAAGUUAGUCUAGAAGCUCAUAAAGUCUCGUAUAAUAAGGGGAUCCACUUACUUUGUUUAUUCAUUUUAUGACGUGGAAUCAUUUGGUAAUACUUUUUAACGUUGCUAUUUAUAGUUUUAUCUUUUAUACUUUAAAAUUUAUAACCCGAUAUCUUCCAAACCUGUUACAUCCGCAUCUUCCAUACCAAAAAUGACGUAUAACUGUUUAAGUAACUUCCAUCCAUUAGUUUAAUGUAGAGAGUAAACUUUAAUUUGCGGUUAGUUUAAUAAACAUACGAACAGAUCUGCGAGUCACGAUGUAUCGUCUUAGUGUGUAAGCUGAAAGAGGAAAGAAGGGUGUUGACUGCUGUGAAGAAAAAGUGCAACGUUAAAGAAAUAAGAAUAAAAAAUAAAAAUAAAAAACGAGAUAAGUGAGAAAGAAAGGAUAGUGAAGACUGAAAAUGGUUGUGCACGGACUCAGGGAACAGAGAGACACAACCAAGGACAUAAAUCCUCCAAAAAGAAAAAAAAAAAAAUCGAUUAUGAAAAGGAUGAGAGCGUUCCACGUGGAUGGAGAAACGCGUGCUUCUACCAAAGACGACCGAAGUAAAAUCGCUCUGCAAAGACCAAAUAAAUCAAGGAAAAGUCAUGAAAAAAUCAACAAAAGAUAUAAAGAAGAAUAGAAAAAGCUUAAUCUUUUCGAAAUAUCGAGAGGCGUGUAAAUUUUUGCUGAAUCGUGUGUGAUUUUCCGGGCGUAACAGUUAAACAUAU